AGUGGGGGAGAAUGUACUUUUGUCGUUUAGUUUGGUGUCAUUUCUAGUUUGCAUUUGUGAAAGUUUUAGUUUUUAUUUUGGAGCUGUUUUACAAAACUAAAACUCAAGAUGCCAAAAGUGCGACGCAGCAAAAAGGCACCGCCAGAAGGUUGGGAAUUAAUUGAACCCACUUUGGAGGAAUUGGAACAAAAAAUGCGUGAAGCGGAAACUGAACCUCAUGAAGGUAAAAGAAAACAUGAAUCGUUGUGGCCGAUUUUCAAGGUCCACCAUCAGAAGAGUCGUUACAUUUACGAUUUAUUUUAUCGUAGGAAAGCCAUUAGUCGAGAUCUUUACGAGUACUGCUUAAAUGAAAAUAUUGCAGACAAAAACCUCAUUGCUAAGUGGAAAAAAGUGGGAUAUGAGAAUCUGUGCUGUCUUCGAUGCAUUCAAACUCGCGAUACUAGUUUUGGAACUAACUGCAUCUGCCGGGUACCGAAAUCUAAAUUAGAGGAAGGAAGAAUCGUUGAAUGCAUUCAUUGUGGAUGUCGAGGAUGCUCGGGUUGAUUUUUGUUAAUGACGUUUAGUUUUUCAUUCUUCGACUCUUUAUCUUAUUCAAUUGUUUGCAUCAUCUUAAUUAAUCAAAUAGGAUAUACAUUGUAAAUACAA